UUUGAGAAACAUUGUUAAAAAUCUGAGCUAAUAAUUGUCAUUUGAUAUUCUUCUAGUCAUAUCAUUCUUGCGUUUUGAUUUGAAUAAUUUGUGAAAAAAAAGGCUUUUAAAAUGCAGAACAUUGAGCAUUCAGAAAUGGGCACACCGUCUGAUCCUCUACGCAUAAUUGACCCUACUAAGGAGAACAUAGAAGACUCUGCAAAAAAGCCACCCCAUAAAUUUCUAAGUAAAGUUCAAGGUGCUGAGGAGAACAUUGAGAGUUCUGUAGUAACACCACCAUCCAAUCUUUCAAUUAAUAUCAAAGUGACUGAAAAAAAGGUGAAGGGCUCUGUAACGACAACACCACUUAAGUCCAUUUUUGAUAUUGAGAGUACUAAGGAAAAUUUUGAAAGUUCUGUAACGACAUCAUCAUUCAAUUCUAUUAUUGAUAUUAAAGAAACUCAGAAAAAGGUGGAGGGAUCUGUAAUCAUACGACCAGUUAAGUCUAUUUUUGAUAUAGAGGAAACUGAGAAAAAGAUGAAGGGUUCUGUAACUACACCACCACUUGAUUCCAUUUCUGAUUUUGAAGUUACUGAGGAAGAGAAAAAGAAUUCAAUAAUAACGCCAUCAUUUAAUACUUUGAUUGAUUUUGUACCUACUGAGGAAAAGAUUAAGGGUUCUGUAACGACAUCAUCAUUUGAUUCUUACAUUGAUAUUAAAGAAACUGAGAAAAAUAUGGAGGAUUCUGUAACGUUACGACCACUUAAGUCUAUUUUUGAUAUUGAGGGAACUGACGAAAAUAUUGAGGACUCUGUAAUACCACCAUCAUUUAACUCUUUAAUUAAUAUUAGAGAAUCUAAGAAAAAGGUAGGAGGAUCUGUAACGAUACGACCACUUAAGUCUAUUUUUGAUAUAGAGGAAACUGAGAAUAAGAUGGAGAGUUCUGUAACGACUCCACCACUUGAUUCCAUUUCUGAUUUUGAAGUUACUGAGAAAGAUAAAAAGAGUUCAAUAAUAACGGCAUCAUUUAAUUCUUUGAUUAAUUUUGUACCUACUGAGGAAAAGAUUAAGGAUUCUAUAACGACACCAUCAUAUAAUUCUUUUCUUGAUUUUGAAUCUACCGAAGAAAAUAUUGAGGAUUCUGAAAUACCGCCAUCAUUUGAUUCUUUUAUUGAUAUUAACGGAACUGAGAAAAAUAUGGAGGGUUCUGUAACGACACUACCACUUGAUUCCAUUUCUGAUUUUGAACUUACUGAGAAAGACAUAAACAGUUCUAUAAUAACGCCAUCAUUUGAUCCUUUGAUUAAUAUUGUAUCUACUGAGGAAAAAAUGGAGUGGUCUGUAAAGACAUCAUCCUCUAAUUCUUUUAUUGAUAUUAAAGAAACUGAGAAAAAUAUGAAGAGUUCUGUAACGAUACGACCACGUAAGUCUAUUUUUGAUAUUGAGGGAACUGAAGAAAAUAUUGAGGAUUCUGUUAUACCGUCAUUAUUUAAUUCGGUUCUUGAUAUUAAAGAAAGUGAGAAAAAUGUGAUGGGUUCUGUAACGAUACGACCUCUUAAGUCUAUUUUUGAUAUUGAGGAAACUGAGGAAAAUAUUGAGAGUUCUGUAACGACAUCAUCAUUUGAUUCUUUUAUUGAUAUUGACGGAACUGAGAAAAAUGUAGAGGGUUCUGUAACGAUACGACCAGUUAAGUCUAUUUUUGAUUUUGAACCUAUAGAAGAAAAUAUUCAGAGUUCUCUAACGACACCUUCAUUUGAUUCUUUUAUUGAUAUUGAGGGAACUAAUUAUAUGGAGACUUCUGAAACACCACCACAUAAUUCCUUUUCUGGUUUUGAAGUUACUGAGAAAGAGAAAAAGAAUUCUAUAAUAACACCAUCAUUUGAUUCUUUGAUUGAUUUUGUACCUAUUGAGAAAAAGAUGGAGGGUUCUGCAACGACAUCAUCAUUUGAUUCUAUUAUUGAUUUUAAAGAAACUGAGAAAAGUGUAGAGGGUUCUGUAACGAUACGACCACUUAAAUCUAUUUUUGAUAUAGAGGAAACUAAGGAAAAGAUGGAGGGUUCUGUAACGACACCACCACUUGAUUCCAUUUCUGAUUUUGAAGUUACUGAGAAAGACAUAAAGAAAUCUAUAAUGGCGCCAUCAUUUGAUUCUUUGAUUGAUUUUGUUUCUACUGAGGAAAAAAUGGAGUGGUCUGUAAAUACACCUUUGUCUAAUUCUUUUAUUGAUAUUAAAGAAAGUGAGAAACAUAUGGAGGGUUCUGUAACGAUGCGACCACUGAAGUCCAUUUUUGAUAUUGAGGGAACUGAGGAAAAUACUGAGAGUACUGCAACGACACCAUUAUUUGAUUCUUUUAUUAAAAUUAACAGAACUGAGAAAAAUAUGGAGGCUUCAGUAACGACACUACCACUUGAUUCGUUUUCUAAUUUUGAAAUUACUGAGAAAGACAUAAAGAGUUCUCUAAUAACGCCAUCAUUUGAUUCUUUGAUUAAUAUUGUAUCUACUGAGGAAAAAAUGGAGUGGUCUGUAAAGACACCAUCAUCUAAUUCUUUUAUUGAUAUUAAAGAAACUGAGAAAAAUAUGGACGGUUCUGUAACGAUACGACCACUUAAGUCUAUGUUUGAUAUUGAGGGAACUGAGGAAAAUAUUGAGGAUUCAAUAAUACCGCCAUCAUUUGAUUCAUUUCUUGAUAUUAAAGGAACUGAGAAAAAUGUAGAGGGUUCUGUAAUGAUACGACCACUUAAGUCCAUUUUUGAUAUUGAGGGAACUGAGGAAAAGAUGGAAGGUUCUGUCACGACACCACCACUUGAUUCGUUUUCUGAUUUUGAAAUUACUGAGAAAGAGAAAAACAGUUCUAUAAUAACGCCAUCAUUUGAUUCUUUGAUUGAAUUUGUACCUACUGAGGAAAAGAUGGAGGGUUCUGCAACGACAUCAUCAUUUGAUUCUUAUAUUGAUAUUAAAGAAACUGAGAGAAAGGUGGAGGGUUCUGUAACGACACCAUUAUAUAAUUCUUUUAUUGAUUUUGAAUCUUCCGAAGAAAAUAUUGAGGAUUCUGUUAUACCGUCAUCAUUUGAUUCUUUUAUUGAUAUUGAGGAAACUAAGGAAAAUAUGGAGGGUUUUGUAAAGACACCACCACUUGAUUCUUCUAUUGAUAUUAAAACUACUGACGAGAAGAUGAAGGUUUCUGUAACGAUAGCACCACUUGAUUCCAAUUCUGAUUUUAAAGUUACUGAGAAAGAGAAAAAGAGUUCUGUAAUAACGCCAUCAUUUAAUACUUUGAUUGAUUUUGUACCUACUGAGGAAAAGAUGGAGAGUUCUGUAACGACAUCAUCAUUUGAUUCUUAUAUUGAUAUUAAAGGAAAGAUGGAGGGUUCUGCAACGACAUCAUCAUUUGAUUCUUAUAUUGAUAUUAAAGAAACUCAGAAAAAGGUGGAGGGUUCUGUAACGACAUCAUCAUUUGAUUCUUUUAUUGAUAUUGACGGAACUGAGAAAAAUGUAGAGGGUUCUGUAACGAUACGACCAGUUAAGUCUAUUUUUGAUUUUGAACCUAUAGAAGAAAAUAUUCAGAGUUCUCUAACGACACCUUCAUUUGAUUCUUUUAUUGAUAUUGAGGGAACUAAUUAUAUGGAGACUUCUGAAACACCACCACAUAAUUCCUUUUCUGGUUUUGAAGUUACUGAGAAAGAGAAAAAGAAUUCUAUAAUAACACCAUCAUUUGAUUCUUUGAUUGAUUUUGUACCUAUUGAGAAAAAGAUGGAGGGUUCUGCAACGACAUCAUCAUUUGAUUCUAUUAUUGAUUUUAAAGAAACUGAGAAAAGUGUAGAGGGUUCUGUAACGAUACGACCACUUAAAUCUAUUUUUGAUAUAGAGGAAACUAAGGAAAAGAUGGAGGGUUCUGUAACGACACCACCACUUGAUUCCAUUUCUGAUUUUGAAGUUACUGAGAAAGACAUAAAGAAAUCUAUAAUGGCGCCAUCAUUUGAUUCUUUGAUUGAUUUUGUUUCUACUGAGGAAAAAAUGGAGUGGUCUGUAAAUACACCUUUGUCUAAUUCUUUUAUUGAUAUUAAAGAAAGUGAGAAACAUAUGGAGGGUUCUGUAACGAUGCGACCACUGAAGUCCAUUUUUGAUAUUGAGGGAACUGAGGAAAAUACUGAGAGUACUGCAACGACACCAUUAUUUGAUUCUUUUAUUAAAAUUAACAGAACUGAGAAAAAUAUGGAGGCUUCAGUAACGACACUACCACUUGAUUCGUUUUCUGAUUUUGAAAUUACUGAGAAAGACAUAAAGAGUUCUCUAAUAACGCCAUCAUUUGAUUCUUUGAUUAAUAUUGUAUCUACUGAGGAAAAAAUGGAGUGGUCUGUAAAGACAUCAUCCUCUAAUUCUUUUAUUGAUAUUAAAGAAACUGAGAAAAAUAUGGACGGUUCUGUAACGAUACGACCACUUAAGUCUAUGUUUGAUAUUGAGGGAACUGAGGAAAAUAUUGAGGAUUCAAUAAUACCGCCAUCAUUUGAUUCUUUGAUUGAUAUUAAAGGAACUGAGAAAAAUGUAGAGGGUUCUGUAAUGAUACGACCACUUAAGUCCAUUUUUGAUAUUGAGGGAACUGAGGAAAAGAUGGAAGGUUCUGUAACGACACCACCACUUGAUUCGUUUUCUGAUUUUGAAGUUACUGAGAAAGAGAAAAACAGUUCUAUAAUAACGCCAUCAUUUGAUUCUUUGAUUGAAUUUGUACCUACUGAGGAAAAGAUGGAGGGUUCUGCAACGACACCAUCAUUUGAUUCUUAUAUUGAUAUUAAAGAAACUGAGAGAAAGGUGGAGGGUUCUGUAACGACACCAUUAUAUAAUUCUUUUAUUGAUUUUGAAUCUUCCGAAGAAAAUAUUGAGGAUUCUGUUAUACCGUCAUCAUUUGAUUCUUUUAUUGAUAUUGAAGAAACUGAGGAAAAUAUGGAGGGUUUUGUAAAGACACCACCACUUGAUUCUUCUGUUGAUAUUAAAACUACUGCCGAGAAGAUGAAGGUUUCUGUAACGAUAGCACCAUUUGAUUCCAAUUCUGAUUUUAAAGUUACUGAGAAAGAGAAAAAGAGUUCUGUAAUAACGCCAUCAUUUAAUACUUUGAUUGAUUUUGUACCUACUGAGGAAAAGAUGGAGAGUUCUGUAACGACAUCAUCAUUUGAUUCUUAUAUUGAUAUUAAAGGAAAGAUGGAGGGUUCUGCAACGACAUCAUCAUUUGAUUCUUAUAUUGAUAUUAAAGAAACUCAGAAAAAGGUGGAGGGUUCUGUAACGAUACGACCACUUAAGUCUGUUUUUGAUUUUGAGCCUACUGAGAAAAAUAUUGAGGAUUAUGUAAUACCGCCAUCAUUUGAUUCUUUUAUUGAUAUUAAGGGAACUGAGGAAAAUAUGGAGGGUUCUGUAAUGACACCACCACUUGAUUCUUUUAUUGAUAUUAAAGCUACUGACGAGAAGAUAACGGUUCCUGUAAUAAUGCCAUCAUUUGAUUUCUCCUCUAAUUUUGAAGUUACUAAGAAAGAGAUAAAGAGUUCUAUAAUGACGCCAUCAUUUGAUUCUUUGAUUGAUUUUGAACCUUGUGAGGAAAAGGUGCAGAGUUCGAUAAUAGCACCAUCAUUUGAUUCUUUUAUUGAUAUUAAAGCUACUGAGGAAAAUAUUGAGGAUUCUAUAGCAGUGCCAUCAUAUAAAUAUUUUUCUAAUAUUGAAGCUACUAAGGAGUGUAUAAAGACUCCUGUAAUAACGCCAUCAUUUGAUUGUGUUAUUGAUAUUGAUGAUACUGAGGAGAACAUAGGAUACUAUGUUACGACGCCACCAUUUGAUUCUUUAAUUGAUAUAGGGGUGAAUGAUAAGAAUAUGGACGGUUCUACUAACAGAAAAAUGGAGAGUUCUGUAAUGAUGCUACCAUUUGAUUCCUUGCUUGAUAUUGAAUGUAGUAAGAAGAACACAACGGAUUUGAUAAUGACACCAUCAUUUAAUUCUUUAAUUGAACUUAACACAGAUGAAGAGGUCAUAGAGGUUUCUGAAAAGACGCCAAUAUUGCAUUCUUUGAUUCGUUUUGAAACUACUGAAUGUUCUACAGGAUUGCACUAUCUGGAUGGUUUUGCAAUGAGCCCGUCAGUUGAAUCUCUGAAUAAAUUUGACGUAACUCAGGAUGAUGAUUUUAUUGAUGUGGAAACUAUCGAAGAGACCACACCGUAUUCUACAAUUCAGCUGCCGUUUGGAUUUUUGAAUGAUACUGAUGCAACUAAGGAGAACAUGGCAAUUUCUGACACAUGGUACUCCUUUGAUUCUUUAAAUAAAAAUGAAACAAGUAGUAAUAAUAUGGAAAGUUCUAUAAUAGUUCCGCCACGCAGACGCGUUGGUCGUCCGCGAAAAAAUAUUAAUUCUCAAACAGACAAAGCUAUGAAUCAGAAACCAAAGAGGAAGUAUGUUAGGAGAAAAGAUGCUGCCGCUGUUAAAACGAAAACUCAAAGAAAGCGUAAAGGAACUACAAACCCUACAUAUCCUGCUGAUCCUACAUGUUCUUCUAAUCACACGGAAGAACCUGUAUCUGUUAAUAGUGAGGAGUUUGUGGAUCUCUUGAUAGCUCGUAAAGAACAGGGUUACCCAAAUUUGCCAGGAUAUAGAGUUUAUAAAUGUGUCGAUAAAACUGAUAAAGAAAAGAAGGAAAACAACAAUAAAAAAGAGUCCUGUGAUGCUGUUGAUGAUGGGCCCGGACCUUCCCAUGCCUACAAACACCUAUCAAGCCCAAUAUAUGAAAAUUGGCUUUUCAAUGGUGUAUUGCCAGCAAUAAAAUAUGAUAAGGAAACACCUGUGUUAACUCAUCAGUCUGAUGUUCUAAAAACAGUUCAUGAUCUCACAGGAAAUUUAAUCGAAGUUAAGGAGUCGAUAAAGUCUUUGAAAGUAAAGACAGAUAUUGUUGGGAAAGAUGAAGAUCCUAAAUCACAUUUGUGGACCCACAAAUGGGAUGAAAAGAAAUCGAACAAAGAGGAAAUAAAAUUAAUUAAAAAUACUAGUGGAAUACAGAAGGAAGUAACAAUGGAGAUAUGUAAACGUAAUUUAUUGGAUCAUGUCACUACAGAGCAAAAGGCAGUAGAGAAUAUUUUAAACGAAAUGGAAGACAAUAUAAAAGCUUUGGAGGCCAAGAUGAAAGCGGAUAACAUUCCACCUCUUGAUUUGGAAACAUUCAAAAAAAUGUUUCAGCAUUAA